CAGCCAUUGUCGACCUGCAGGUAUCUGGAACGAUCUGGUCAACAACAGGACGGCACGGCAACGCAUUCAACACGGACAGCAAGACGAUAAUGAGCUAUCAGCCCCCUCAUCUACGAACUCGAGCCCCACCGAUUGCUGCUGGCCCAUCCUCGUCAAACGUGGAUAGCGGGAGGGGUGGUAGAGGACUGGGAGUGGACGGGAGAUGGCUGGAAGCAAAUUCCAAUGGACCUGGAGCUAGCCGAGGACGAGGCGGUAUGACGACCGGUGCUGCUGGUAUGGGGAUGGGCAUCCGAGGCCGCGGGGGUUCGACAGCGGCGAGACCGCUUGCUGUGCCCAGUCGAGUGUUACCCGAACGCUCAUCGGCCAUACAAGCCCCGAGAGAGGAAGGCCGCAUCCAGCCCCAGCCGUCUCGUAGAGAUUGGUCUGCGCCCACACCUUCAGUGUCCCUCCCGCGGCAAUCUCAGCCUGCCUCUCAAACCGCCCCGUCACCUUCUCCAUAUGCGUCGCCGCGCCGUGUACCGGGAGGACAAGGUUUGCAAGCUCCUGCGUCCGAUAUCAAGCCGAUGCGCGUAAGGGAGAAGGAUAGUAAGGAGAGAGAAGAAAAACGAGAGAUGGAGAUGGUGCAGAGUGUUUCCAGGAGUGGGGGCGAUGGGGCUCAGGGGGAUGCGUUGAAAGAUUGGGGGACGCAAGAUCGGUAUAGGGCGUAUAUCUCGACGCGGGUGGACGCGCAUUAUGACAAGUAUGCGACGCCGAGGGAUGAAGCUCCGAGCAAGAAGGGGAAGGAAAUUGCAGGUGAAGGUGAGGGGGAGGAGUUGGAGAGUCUGGGGAGUAUUGUGUUGCUGUUCCGUAAGCUGCGAGAAGGUGUUGUAGCUUCAGGCAGGAUCGAUGACUUUGCUAUCGAAGUCUUCGAGUCUUCCGCCAAAUUCGCUCUCCUCGCGCAAAACAAGGCGCAGCUCCUCUCCUCCCUCAGCGGCCUCGUCCCCGGGCUAUAUCAAGCCCACGACAACCUCCCCACCUCUUCCUCCCCUGACGAUACACUAUCAAACCACCUAAACGCCCUCACCCUGACCCCCAGAGACGGCAGAACAGAGUUCACCGUCAUCCUCCUCAUAUUCCACCUCGUCACUCGGGGGCAUGUUGCGUUCAACGAGCUCUACGCUGAGCUUACCCGUGCUCCUCGCUUGAAGGGAGAUGGAGGGGAGAGGAAGGGGUUUGUGGGGGAGGAAGAGUUGGGGUAUGUUCGGUUGGCAGCGAGGGUGAUGGCGGAAGAGAAUUUUGAUUCAGUCACAUUCUUCCGCCUCCUCUCACCUCCCGCAUCAACGACUACGACCUCUCCCAUCCCCUCCUCUGGGGCCCCGGAGGGGGCCAGGCUGCCCGAGAGUACGAGCUACCAACGUAUCCUCCUCUCCCGCGCUUCUCCGGCUAUCCGCGAUAGAGCUUGGGAGAGGUUGAAGAAGGCGUAUAUGAGUGUAGGCGUGGAUUGGGCUGGGAGAGUUUUAGGGCUGGAGCUGGGUGGGGAGGUUGAGAAGUGGGUUGAGGAGAAGGGAGGGAGGGUUGAAGGUGGGAAGGUUGUGCUGAGAUGAAGCGGCGCCAGUAUUUGGGUCCAAAGAUUGGGAUUUGGUUGGUCCCCCAGGUUUUUGAGCUGUUCGUAUCCAUGUGUCGAAUUACGCGCCCGGAACACUACCUCACGCACGCCCACGAUCCGAGAGUACUCGGAUGACCCCUUUGUUCGCCCGACCGGGUUCACCUUAUACUGGCUCUCUCUCGGAUCGCAAGACUCGCCUGUACGAUCGACCCCCAAGAGACGUAGCACUUCGAGCGAGGAAUUGUCUCGGCUUGCCCGUCUACAUGUACCACCUCAUUCGGCCAUCUGUCUGCAAGUUGAAUGACCCGGCGAGACGCUACGACCGUCAAACCGACAUUGAACCAGCCCGUGAUGUGAUCUGAACAGGGUGUACAAGGUUACAUUUUGUGUAAAUCUAGAGACAGAUAUGUAUGUACAGUAUCAUCAUGCAGUUGUCAAAGGUUUCAAACAGA